AUGGGUGGUGUCAUGGAGGAGGAGGUGGUGCGGGGGUUCCUGAGGAGGUUCCUGGAGGAGUUCCCUGCUCCGCUGGGUUCUGAAGACCCCCUGCCUCUCAGCCCCCUCAGCAGGAAGGUCAGCCUGGACGAACUGAGAGGAGAGAGCCUGGACCUGGGCCUACGGCUGCUCAACACCAGGUGUGUGUGUGUGUGUGUGUGUGUGUAGACAAGUUGAGGGGAGACAGCAUGGACCUGGGCCUACGGCUGCUCAACACCAGGUGUGUGUGUGUGUGUGUGUGUAGACAAGUUGAGGGGAAACAGCAUGGACCUGGGCCUACGGCUGCUCAACACCAGGUGUGUGUGUGUGUGUGUGUGUGUGUAGACAAGUUGAGGGGAGACAGCAUGGACCUGGGCCUACGGCUGCUCAACACCAGGUGUGUGUGUGUGUGGACAAAUUGAGGGGAGACAGCAUGGACCUGGGCCUACGGCUGCUCAACACCAGGUGUGUGUGUGUGUGUGUGUGUGUGUGUGUGUGUGUGUGUGUGUGGACAAGUUGAGGGGAGACGGCAUGGACCUGGGCCUAUGAUUUCUCAUCACUGUGUAUGUGGGACAGGACUACCUGGUCCAAUAAGAACCACUUGGUUUUCAUUUUCUGUUGAAAAAUGUUUUGUUUCGGUUUGCCUUAAUGAACAUGACCCCGGUGGUGUUGAUGGUGCUGCUUGCAGACCGCAUUCUUUAAAUUCCUGUUGUGCAGCAGCGAGCUGAUCCUCCCAUAUCUGUAUCCUGCCCUGUUCAUUACACCCUGCGUGAGUAGAGGGCUGAGUUACAGGGCUGUUACACUGCCUAUCACAGAGAGAGGGGAGGAGAGAGGAGAGGGAGAAAGACAGACAGAGACAGACAGACAGACAGACAGACACAGGGAGAGCUGUAAACUGCCUCUGAACACACUUCAGGGAUAAUUACCCAGCUGGGUAACACUUUACUUGACACCCAGCGUCAUAACACGUUAUGACACGGUCAUAACCAUGUCAUAAUAUGUCAUAACAGCUGACAUAACUUGUCAUAACCGGUCAUAAUAUGGUCAUAACACUGUCAUGAUACCACAUAUUUAGACCUGUUGUGACAUAGAUUGCAUUGUUUUAUGGCUGGGUUAUGACACCUAUAUAAGUGUCAAAACCCACCAAAACCUACCACACAAGGCAAAACAUUCCAUUACACCAUAGUCUGCUUGUCAACAGUAUGUUAAAAUUGACCAUAUUAAGUUAUCAUGGUAAAUGUGCACAAACAGACAUGCAGCUACCCCAAUGCUCUGUUGCUGAUGACUGGGAUGAAUGCAGGAGCAGAUUUCAGGAGCAGGACAAGACACCCUCUUUUUGACUGAUGACUGAUUUAAGGUCAUGUACAUGAUAGACCUAUCUGGCUUAUAUGAUAAUGUGGUCAUAAUGCUUCUUGACAGUGUCAUAAAGUGUAUUUUCUUACGCUUUGAACACACCGACUGCGUCAUUGCGUUUUGGUACACCAGAAGUACAUUCAUUUCCAAUGGAACGCUGCGUUAGCCUUGCAGCAUUGCGUUGCAGAGGCAGCUGCAGUGCGUUCUGUGUGGUGCACACGGUGGAUUUAUCGAACGUAUGCGUCAAACUGUAUGCGUAGACGGCUUGACAGAAAUGGUCGCGCAAGGUGAAUGUUGAACUUUUGUUGCACACACGUCUAGACGACGCUGCGUACUAUUUUGCGCGAUGACGCAGUCGGUGUGUUCAAAGCGUUAGUCCAAGAGAAGUGACGCAGGAGGGUCAUAAUGCUUCAUGACAGUGUGAUAAAGUGUAUUUUCUGCAAGUUAUUUAAAAUAUGAUGAAGAAAACAUGACUGUAAAUAAUUCAUUACAACAACAACAAAGGACUUAGGAAACAAACUUUCAAACUAAAGGAAACUUCUUGGAAAAAAUACAUUUGAAUAAAUGUGGGUUUGACCCUCUUAUAUAGGUUAUUAUAUAACCAGCUAUAAAAUAACAUAACAUAUGUCACAACAGGUCUAAAUAUGUGUGUCAUGACAGCGUUAUGACCAUAUUAUGACAAGUUAUGUCAGCUGUUAUGACAUAUUAUGACAUGUGGUUAUGAUGCUGGGUGUCAAGUAAAUUGUUAUCAAAAGCGGUAGUAUUGAAAACAACAAAUGUCCGAGAUUCAGAGAAGUUCUAGCAUGUCCUCUUUUCCUUCUGUCUUCUGUGUUCUUCUUCUUACUCUGAGGCACUUCCUGUUCGUAUGACCUAAUUUCCUGUCUGUAGAAUCACUAUUGUUCUACCCACUUCCUGUUUUCCCCCUGUGCGUGUCGCAGUCCCCUGUUCCACCCUGGCAGAACUCUAAUCUCGUACAGAGACAUAACAGAUGUGUGCUGUUCAGCUGUGUUUCAAUUUGGUCUGUGUGUGUUCACCAUAGAGAGAGAGAGAGAUAGAUAGAUAGAUAGAGGACUCAUCUUUGUAUCUGUGUCAUUAUAGCGUCUGUGACAGCAUAGCCUCAAUGGUGCUGCCUAUCUCCAUUUUGAAGUAGUCUAUUUUCUUCUUCACGAUUGGCUGAUCCCUCCUGAUGACCUGGUUGGACUUGACUCUAAAGGGUGACCAGGAGGGAUCAGCCAAUGAAGUCGGAAGUCCCACUCAUUUGACUACAUUCAAAUGGUAACAGCCCUCAAUGGCGCUGCCCAUGCUAAUAAGGCCUUUUGGCCACUAGAGGCCUCUAUCAUUCUCUAUGGCGUUCACUCAUAAGGACCCUCUGUCCUCUCAUGCAGGAAUGCUCCAUCACCACUGAGUGCAGCCAUGUGCCAUGCAGCCUUGGCUAAGCUGCUGAAGGCUGACCUUUCACCUUUCCACCUCCCCCAGGAAGCUGAACAGCAGCAAGGAGAGGAACAGGAAGUCGUUUGUGAGUUCGGACUAAUGUCAUCUAUGAUUCAGACCACCUGUGUCCAGCGGAGUGUCCACUCCUGUGUGUGUGUGUGUGUGUGUGUGUGUGUGUGUGUGUGUGUGUGUGUGUGUGUGUGUGUGUGUGUGUGUGUGUGUGUGUGUGUGUGUGUGUGUAUGUGAACAGUGGUGGAAAAAGUACCCAAUUUUCAUACUUGAGUAAAAGUAAAGACACCUUAAUAGACAAUGACUCAAGUAAAAGUGAAAGUCACGCAGUAAAAUACUAAAUUGCAGUCUACUAGCCCAGCUGGCCGGUGCCCAAAAUCCUUAAAUUCCAUCACUGUGUGUGUGUCCAGUGACCACCUCUUUAACCCCUGGGGUUUCAUCUCCCAAUACCAAUUGACCCCUAGACACUUGUGUAAGGCUGAAAGGCUUGAAUAUGUGUCCUACGAUAUGUUCAAACAACAUUCUCAUCUGGACUAUCAGAGACCUAACUGAAAUUACAUUUCCUUUGGCCCCUCCCCUCUCCUCCACAGUGCUCCAAUCAGAGCCCAUCCAGCGGCUGUUUCUCAAUAAGCUUCAGGAGGUGGGUGUGGCUUGGCACCAGACUCUCCCCGCCCCCCUCCCAGUAGGUCCCUCCCGUUUCCUCAUGUGCUCCGCCCACGCCAUCAGGAACACUCGGAGGAAGAUGGAGGAUCGUCAUGUGGCCCUACCUGAUUUCAACACACUCACUGGCCUCAAG